AUGGCGUCAAAUCCGAAGACGUUGGUGUCUGUCUCUGUCACUGGUACCGCCGGAGAGUGCCCUCAAAAGCUGUCUCUUUCAGGUUCUGUUCCUAUCCGAGCUCCUCCUACACUUGAUGAUGAUGAUUCUGAAUUUGAUGUUUCGAGUAAUGUUGCUCUUUCUGAUGCUGGCUUUGACUCUGACGAUUUCCAAACGGCAAGCCCUUUGGUUACUGACCCAGAAUCAGAUUAUGUUUCUCAAGAAGAAGUUGAUUUUGAAGUUGGUGAGCGUGCCCCUCUUGUGCACGUACAACUAUCUCCUAUGCAUGCUGCACCUUCGAGGGUUAUGCCCUUUGCCCAUUUGUCUUCCUAUGAUGAUGACGACGACGACCACGAUGAAAUGUUGAGUGUUGUGAGAGUGCAAGACAACGUUGUUGGUGCACCCAGAGAAGAAAAUGCUGAGGGUUUGAUGUUUAUGGACUCGUUACAUGUUAGCCAAUCGUUGCUUGCAAACGAGUUGACAUUUUUCAAUGGUAUUAUUUCGGAUAAUUUUGUUGAAGCUGAGAAUGACAUUGCGAUUAUUAGUACUGACAAGGAUUUGGUUGUGGAAGAGCAUGGUCUGGACCAAGUUCUGGGAAAUAAGGUAGCUUAUGAUGAAUACUCUUUUGUAACCGAUAUAGAUGUUAUGUCGCUGAAUUCACAAGACAAAUUGAAUGAUGAGCAAUUUAGCAAGGUAAGAAUGGUAUUAAAUGAAUUGGAGGUGGAGAAGGAUGACGUGAAACUAUGUGGUGUAGAUAGAAAUGAGGGAAUUAUGGUUAAGUUGACUGAGGCUGACACCGUAGUGCAAAGGAAGUUGGAGGUUGCCACCCGCAAGAACACUGACAUGGUGGAAGGAACUUCUAUUAUGGUUGGUGACACCAGCUUAUUGAAGUCCAAUGCUGAGGAUUAUAAAGACAGCUUAAUGCCCGAACAUAAUACAAGUGUUAACUAUCCACAAGAACAAAAUUCCCAAAUGCAUAGUAUGACAAGUGAACCUUUAUCAGAUGCAUUUGCUGAAAAUAUUGAAUAUAGUACAACAACUCAAUGGACUUCAGCUAAUGGAAAGGAAGGUUUUGCUUCUGAUCAAGAAAGUGGGUGUGAGAAUCUGGUAAGCAUAACUAAAUCUGUGAUGAAUUCAAAAACUAAAUUGCAUGAUACUUCUGCAGGUUUUGAAUCCAAUGAUGAUGCUUGUGAAGGUAACAAAAUUCAGAGAGUUGAGUCUUCUGAACUUUUUAACCCUACACUCCUUCAAGAGUGUACAUAUUUGGAAAACGGUUUGUCUAAAACCAUUUUAGGUGUUAGUCAAGAAGAUGAGCUGUUUUGUGACAACCAUUCACAUGAAAAUGUGGAAAGGCUUAACUACGGAGACACUGCAAAAAAAGAAGCUACCGUUGAUUUAAACACAGUAAGUCAAGAAUCGAACAGAGAUAGUUCUACUUCGGAUGGAGAUGUGGAAGGGUUGAUGUCAGUUGGUCUGGAGCAGUUCAGGGAACAAAUUUCAGCUCUCUCUAUUCUUUUGGGUUCAAAAGGUUCUCGAAAGAACUCUCAAGAAGAACAGAUUGUCAGGAGUUCACAUGGAAAAAUGAACUUACCAAAGGAUGAUGCGAAAAGUCAAUCAAUUUAUGUUGAUACUGCUGGUGAAUUAGAUGCCAACACAGUUACAUUCACCUCUGCUGAUGAAUCCAGUGUUAUCUUUAACAAAGAUCCUGCCAGUUUUAGUUCCAUACCAGAUUGUGAUGCUCAAGCUGGAUUCAAACACAAUAUAAGUGAAAAAGAAAAGGAAAAAAUACAGAAAGUACAGACCGUAAGUGUGAAAUUCUUGAGGCUUGUCCAGCGAAUGAAUCUAUCUCUUGAAGAUUCUUUGGUUUCAAAGGUUUUAUGCAGGUUGGUUGCUGAUAUUAGAAGGCGCUCGAAUCAGGAAUUUGUCAUUAAGUCAGCCAACAUAUUAGCGAAGAGGCUUGAAGAAGAUUGUCAAGAUGAUUUAGACUUCUCUUUGAACAUUCUAGUUCUUGGGAGAAGUGGGGUGGGAAAGAGUGCAACCAUAAAUUCUAUUUUUGGUGAUAUGAAGGUUGUGACAAAUGCAUUUGAACCAGCCACAACCUCUGUAAAAGAGGUUUUUGGAACUAUAGAUGGAGUCAAGAUCAGAAUCCUUGACACACCUGGUCUCAGGUCCCCUUUGAAGGAACAAGCUUUCAACAGAAAGAUAUUCUCAUCUAUAAAAAGGUAUAUGAAUAAGUUUCCUCUAGAUGUCAUUCUCUAUGUUGAUAGAGUAGAUGCCCAAACCAGAGAUCUUAAUGAUUUGCCAAUAUUAAGGUCCAUCACAAAUUCUCUCAGUCCAUCAAUAUGGCAACAUACAAUUCUUACUCUGACCCAUGCUGCUUCUGCUCCUUUUGAUGGACCAUCAGGAUCCCCUCUGAGCUAUGAAGUAUUUGUUGCACAAAAAUCCUAUCUAGUUCAACAAUCAAUCACCCAAGCAGUAGGUGAUAUGUGUCAAUUGAGUUCAAGUUUCAUGUGUCCAGUGUCCCUUGUCGAGAACCAUCCAUUAUGUGGAAAGAAUAUAUGUGGGGACUGUGUGCUUCCCAAUGGACUUAGAUGGAGAAGCCAAUUAUUAGCUUUGUGUUUCUCUUUGAAGAUCCUAUCUGAAGUGUCUUCUGUUUCAGGACCUCAAACUCUCUUUGAUCAUUGGAAGCAUUUUUUCUUCCAGGACCAUUCCCGCCCUAUGUGCCAUCUGUUUUCUUCUUUGUUACAGUCUCCUCCUCAUCUAAAAUUCUCUUCCAAUUGGAAUUGACUUAGAUGUUAACUUGGCAAAUGAAUAUGGGAAUGAAUGUAACCAUGAUCUUCAUCGUCAGA